GUGAGAGCCGAGGCCAGGCCCCGGAGCCAGCUCCGGGCUUCCCCGGCUGCCUGAGCCUCCGUUACCAUGAGCGCGCGCUCUCCGCGCCCAGGACAGCAGGCAAGGCAGGUCCCGCGGGCGGAGCCCCGCGUCGCCGCUACCCACUUCUGCGCUCUCGGCCGCGGUGCUUCUUCUGCCGGGUUCGCGCGCGAUCCCUCGCCGGCUGCCCGGCUCUUUUCUUUCACCUGCUGCUCCCAAGUCCGGAGACCCGAAGCUGCUGCUGCUACUGCUGCUGCUACGGCGGCAAAAAUUUGUAAUUGGAGCCCUAAAGUGAUGUGAAGUAAGCUGGUGAUCAAGAUGACUCUUCUCCCAGGAGAAAAUUCAGACUAUGACUACAGUGCCCUCAGCUGUGCUUCAGAUGCCUCCUUCAACCACCCUUUCUUUGCCGAAAGAGAAACCCUGAAAGGGGUCUUCUACCAAAGAGCCAAGUGUCUUCACCCUGGCAAGGACCUCUAUGAAAGUGUCCGCCCAGAAGAAAGGAAACACCAUAUCAUCAUCAACGUGGGUGGCUUUAAAUACUUGCUCCCCUGGACCACCCUUGAUGAGUUCCCCAUGACUCGCUUGGGACAGCUGAAAUUCUGCAACAAUUUUGACGACAUCCUCAACAUUUGCGACGAUUACGAUGUGACUUGCAAUGAGUUCUUCUUUGAUCGCAACCCAGGAGCAUUUAGGACCAUCUUGACUUUUCUGCGGGCAGGGAAGCUCCGGCUCUUGAGGGAGAUGUGCGCCCUCUCUUUCCAAGAAGAGCUGCUUUACUGGGGCAUUGAGGAGGACAGCCUGGAGUGGUGCUGCAAGAGGCGAUACCUCCAGAAGAUGGAGGAAUUUGCAGAAAUGAACGAAACGGAGGACGAUUUUGUGGACUGCGAAAACCCCUCUGAGGCAACAGCAGCAGAGGCAAAAGGCAGCCAGUGCAUGAAAAAGUUGCAGGACAUGGUGGAGAAGCCUCAGUCAGGGAUCCCUGGGAAAGUGUUUGCCUAUUUAUCCGUCCUCUUUGUGACAAUCACAGCAGUUAAUCUGUCUAUCAGCACCAUGCCUGGGUUACGAGAAGAAGAGGAACGAGGCGAGUGUUCUGAGAUGUGCUACAACAUUUUCAUUGUGGAAUCAGUUUGCGUCGGAUGGUUUUCCUUGGAGUUCCUCUUGAGAUUCAUCCAGGCACCAAGCAAAUUUAUGUUUCUGCGGCACCCUCUGACAUUAAUUGAUAUAAUUGCCAUCCUGCCCUAUUAUAUCACUUUACUACUAGACAGUGCUUCAGUGAGUAGUAACAAAAAGCCAAGCUCUGGCAACAUCUACCUGGACAAGGUAGGCCUAGUGCUCCGUAUACUUCGUGCCUUGAGGAUUCUCUACGUCAUGCGGCUUGCCAGGCAUUCACUAGGUCUGCAGACUCUGGGACUCACGGCUCGAAGGUGCACACGUGAAUUUGGACUGUUGCUGCUGUUCCUUUGUGUAGCCAUUGCACUUUUUGCUCCCCUCUUGUAUGUGAUUGAAAACGAGAUGGCAGACUCUCAGGAGUUCACCAGUAUCCCUGCUUGCUAUUGGUGGGCAGUCAUCACUAUGACAACAGUGGGCUAUGGCGAUAUGGUACCCAGAAGCAUCCCAGGCCAGGUGGUGGCUCUGAGCAGCAUCUUGAGUGGCAUCCUUCUCAUGGCCUUUCCUGUCACUUCCAUCUUCCACACAUUUUCACGUUCAUACAUUGAGCUAAAGCAAGAGCAAGAGAGAAUUAUGUACAGGAGGGCACAGUUCUUAAUGAAAACUAAAUCCCAGUUAAGCAACGCCUCACAAGGGAGCGAAGUAUUUCCGAAUAUGUCUUCAGAGACCAGAGGCAAUGUCUGAUAACGGAAGUUUCUACGUCUGCCUGUUGCUGGGAAGCAGGGAUAGCUUUCCUCUUGGCAUUUGUGUCUGGAGGCACUUGGGAAACCUAUUGCACAAAUAACGUGCAAAGGGCUUAUAGCCAUGAUGACAGUGAGAACUUUUAUCCAUUAUGCAUAUUCACACUUAUUAGGACUUGAAAUAAUAUUACAGCUUUUGGGCAGACUCCACGUAAGAGGAGGGACUUCUUCAUAAGAUUUCAAAGCCAUUUGAAAGGGAAAAGAAAAUGAGUAUUGUUGGCCAGAUGAAGAAGAAUGUAGAGUUACAUGCAGGCUGCAAAAUAUUCCAUUUGUAAUAUACAAAAUGAGCCAUUUCCCUAGAAAAACGACGGUGAAUGUAACAGUUUGGUCAUUUGGUUAAUUGAGUUUUGUUGUUCAUUUCUGUCAAGAUACGUAAACUUCAAGCUUUCAGAGGUCCAAAUGAAUUCCUUGGGUGUAUAACGCCAUCAUUUGUAGUGGAGUGGAACAGUUUGUGUUGCACUCACAGAGAAAGUAACUUUUUGUUUUUUAAAAAAAGUAAAUCGUUGGUGUUUGCUCCAGAGUGCAGCGAGAUCUCUCCCAUCUCAUUCUCUCUUUCAGUUGCUGACAUCCUUCCCUUCCUAGGCAGAACCCAUUAAACAGAUACAGAUCAUGAGAAUAAAUCAUUUUACUGUGUUUCUCUUUUUUUUUUCCCAGGCAUUAUUUAAAUAAGAGCAGAAAGCUGCUUGUUCCUAAGCAGCCACAUGAUUAUUUGCAGCCUGUUUUUUUUUAAUGGGAGACUUUUCUCUUUCCUUCAAGAAGGGGGAAAAAUGUUUCAUGGAGAGUUUGUAUAACCAACUUAUGAGUUCCAUCAUGUCUGCCACUGGAACUUAGUUUUUUAUUGGCACAAUUUCCUCUUGGAUUGGUUGGAACUGGGGGCCUUUAAACCUUUCAGUGCCCUUCAUGCUCAUCAGCCUAUGAAUGAGUGUACUGUAGUUUCUCAUUCACUGCCUCUUGGAUACUGGAGUAGCCAGAUAUGAUUUCCUGCUGUCCCCUCUAGUGCAGGGGUCUCCAAC